AUGUCCGAUGGAGCCAUCCGCGCUGUCGACCUCGCCAUCGAGGGAGCCGUCAGCACCCGCGGAGCGAACCCUUCGGCGGCGGCCUGGGAGGAGCUGCUCGGCACCCUGCGGGCCAAGCGCGCGGCGCUGCAGUCCAAGUUGCUGGCCGCCAGGCAGGACGAGGCCAUCGCGAAGCUGGACGAGCUGCGCCGCGAUGCCGCCCAGCAACUCCCGGUGCAGAAGCGG